AUGAAUGCUAGACCCUCCUACGAGGGGACUCUUAACGAGUCCCAGCUGUUUCAACAGCUCCCGAAUGAGAUUGCGGAACUCAUUCGCACCGCGUCGGGGACUCAGUACCUGAAUGCGCUUGCGGUGGGCGCGCUGAGGCAAAGAUGCACGGAAAGCUUCUUUUGCCUGUACGAACCGAUCUUCGUGGACCUGGCAGCCCGUUGGCUUCUGUCGGAGUCCCAGGUCGAUCAAAUCGAUGUUCUAUCCGCAUUUUCGCGAAUUAUCCCGCUCGCGCCAUAUCUGCGUUCCUUUGCAAGCCAAUAUGCCAUGUCUCGGGCUGGACCUCUGUCGGCUUUGGCUACGUCCGAUGAGCUAACGCUUUCUCAAAUGAAUGAUGCCACCCUCCGAGCCCUAGUGCUAGCGAUUUUCCGACUUCUUUCCUACGACACAGAGACCUUCUCGAAAGCCGUAUCGCCAUCACAACUCCAGACCUUGUUCCGACACGGUGAUCCGUCCGUGAGUUAUCUGGCGAUUCGAUGCUUUGCUAUGUACAUGAGGGCAGCCGAUGCUGCGACGGAGGAUAUAAUUAGGGCAAAAUUUGCAGACAACAUUAUUGAGGGGGAAUGGGAAGGUAUUACCAUCGACUACCGCUGCCUCGGAUUGUGGGAGGAACGUCGGUGGAAUGUCCUGGAGAAGCAAGUCCAACUUGCAAGAACUUCCAGGUCAGCCUCGGAAAGCCUGUCACAAAUUGAGGCAUUGAGAGACUACUUCACCGCUAGAACCGCCGAGGUUUGUGGUGUGCUUAUACCCCGCCAGCAGGGCACAUCACCUCCGCCGUCUUCCAUUGUGAGAACUCCCACUGCUGUGGGUAACUUGCGGAAGAUUGCGGCAGCCUUAAUCGCUCCUGAGCCUAUACUAUUGACUGGAUUGCCAAAUUCUGGAAAAACCACAUUGAUCAACGAUGUCGCAGCGACAAUGGGCCAGUCUGAAUCGAUGGUUACACUGCACCUGAACGAGCAGACUGAUGCGAAGAGUCUUCUCGGGAUGUAUUCAACAUCGCCUGCCACGGGCUCGUUCGCGUGGCAGCCUGGUGUCCUCACCAAGGCUGCAAGAGAGGGCCGCUGGAUCUUGAUCGAGGACCUGGAUCGCGCCCCUUCUGAAGUCAUCGGACUUAUCCUGCCAAUCAUAGAGAGAGGAGAGUUGACCAUCGCCAGUAGAAGGGAAAGAAUCAAGUGCGCCGAAGGGUUCAAGAUCAUUGCGACCAUGAAAUCGUCCUACAACAUUGCAGGCGAAGAGAUUGCCCCAAGCACCAACAUCCUAGGCAGCAGGCUGUGGCAGAGAGUACAAAUCGAUUCUCUGACCAUAGACGAAGUUCGCGAGGUAAUCACGCAGAAGUUCCCUCUGCUUGAGUCCCGGGUUCGGACAAUCAUGGACGUCUACCAAAGACUUUGUGCUUCCUUCCAUGGCAGUCUUGCAAUCAAAAGCUCCCAAGGGCGUACACCUGGACUCCGUGAUCUUGUCAAGCUUUGCAGCCGGAUGCACAGGCGUCUGCAACGCCUCGGUGCCAAGACUGGCUACGAAGCUACGCCUGAGGGUGCCGAGGACGAGAUCUUCCUGGAUUUUGUCGAUGUCUUCUUGAAAUAUAUCCCCGAGAAGAAUACAGCAGACACCCUUGCUUUGGUUGUUUCCGAGGCUCUCCAGAUUUCACCCCAACGAGCGCGGUUCUGUCUGCACGAGCGCACGCCGACGUAUUCAGACCAGGGAAAUAGCAUAACACUUGGAAGGGAAGUUUGUCGCAAGAUCAAGGUCCCGGGAGGUUCGGCAUCAAAGGCUGCUGCUGCUUCGUCUCGAUUUGCCUCCACACGGGCUGCAUUGGGACUUAUGGAACAGGUCGCCGCUGCUAUCCAGAUGGCAGAGCCUGUUCUCCUUGUUGGAGAAACUGGUAUUGGUAAAACGACUGUGAUUCAGCAACUGGCUACCUUGAUGCGUCAGAAGCUGACGGUUGUGAACUUGUCACAACAGAGUGAAAGCUCUGAUCUCCUGGGAGGUUUCAAGCCUGUGAAUAUCCGGACUAUGGCUGUGCCCAUGCAUGACGAGUUCGUGUCCUUGUUUGAAUUGACGUUUUCUGCCAAGAAGAACCAGAAGUUCCUCCAGUCUGUCGGGAAAAGCGUUGCUUCAGGAAACUGGGUACGCCUAGUCAACUUGUGGCAUGAAGCCGUUCGCUUGGCUGACGGCGUCUUCAAAUCGAGUGGCGGUGCCCCAGGUGCCGAAGAGCAACCGACGAAAAAGAGAAAACUGGAUUCACCAAAAUAUCAGUUCUUACGGCAAAGAUGGGAGAGAUUCUCGGCACAGCUGAAUGAUUUCGAGUCUCAAGUAUCACAGGGAGAUGCUAAGUUCGCAUUUGCUUUUGUUCAAGGUAAAAUUGUUCGGGCCCUGCGGAACGGGGAGUGGGUUCUUCUUGACGAAAUUAACCUGGCGUCGCCUGACACGCUCGAGAAUAUUGCCAGUCUUCUGCACCAUGGGAGUGAAGGUUCUCCAUCCGUACUACUUUCUGAAGCUGGUGAUGUGGAACGAGUUUUUGGACAUCCCGAAUUCCGCAUCUUCGGCGCGAUGAACCCUGCAACGGACGCAGGGAAGAAAGAUCUGCCCCCGGGUCUCCGGUCUCGGUUCACUGAGUUCUAUGUCCAGUCGCCGGACAGUGAUUUGGACGAUCUCCUGGCUUUGAUUCACAAAUACCUUGGUGACUUGGCCAUGACGGAUUCCAGAGCUGUCCCCGAUCUAGCUCAACUCUACAUGGAGACUAAGAAACUCAGCACCGAAAACAAACUCACCGAUGGUGCUGGACAGCGCCCCCAUUUCAGCAUCAGAACCCUCGUCCGAGCUCUAAUCUAUGUUGCUGAUCAUGCUCACGUCUAUGGGCUGCGCCGCGCAAUAUAUGAAGGCUUCUCUAUGAGCUUCCUGACUGUACUCAGCCAAGAUUCGGAGAAGUUGCUGGCACCACUUCUCGAGAGACAUUUAUUCAGCAACGUCAAGAAUGCAAGAGGACUUCUGAACCAGACGCCACGACCACCGACUGACGGCAACGACUAUGUCCAAUUCAAGCAUUACUGGAUGCGCCGUGGUCACCUAGCUCCCGAAGAGCAGCCUCACUAUAUCAUCACGCCUUUUAUCGAAAAGAACUUGAAGAACUUGGUGAGAGCAAGUUCCACUCGGCGAUUCCCUGUUUUGCUCCAAGGACCGACCUCUGCAGGAAAGACGAGUAUGAUUGAAUAUCUCGCCAAGGUAUCAGGAAACAAGUUUGUUCGUAUCAACAACCAUGAGCACACGGAUCUUCAAGAAUAUUUGGGAACUUAUGUCUCUGGUGAUGAUGGGACACUUCGUUAUCAAGAGGGUGUCCUUGUGGAGGCGCUCAGGAACGGAUACUGGAUUGUUCUGGACGAACUGAACCUGGCCCCUUCUGAUGUACUGGAAGCAAUGAACCGACUUCUGGAUGAUAACCGCGAACUUUUCAUCCCCGAGACGCAGGAAGUAGUGCGCCCACACCCCAACUUCAUGCUUUUUGCGACCCAAAACCCUGCCGGCCUCUACGGUGGCCGCAAGGUGUUGUCGCGUGCCUUCCGAAACCGAUUCUUGGAGCUGCACUUCGAUGACAUACCAGAGAGCGAGUUGGAAUACAUCCUGAAAGAGCGGUCUCAGAUUGCCCCCUCUUUUUGCACUAGGAUCGUCUCUGUAUACCGGAAGCUGUCCUUGUUACGCCAGGCAAACAGGCUGUUUGAACAGAAGAAUAGUUUUGCUACCCUGCGUGAUCUUUUCCGAUGGGCGCUCCGCCGAGCAGAUGAUCGGGAGCAAUUGGCGAUCAAUGGUUUCAUGCUCCUUGCGGAGCGGGUCCGAAAUCCCCAGGAAAGAGCUGCUGUGAAGGGCGUCAUCGAAGAAGUGAUGAAAGUCAAGAUCGACGAAGACGUUAUAUACAGUUCCUCUGAGAUGGAAAAGCGUGCUCCCCAUCUUGCUCAGUUAGCCCCAGGCGUUGUGUGGACGAAGGCAAUGAGGAGGCUUUUCGUACUCGUUGCCACUGCAAUUGAGAAUAAUGAGCCUACUUUGCUUGUUGGUGAAACUGGUUGCGGAAAGACCCAGCUUUGCCAGGCAGUUGCCGAGAUUUACAAGAAGGAACUGUUGAUUGUCAAUGCCCACGUGAAUCUCGAGACCGGAGACCUGAUAGGUGCUCAACGGCCCGUAAGAAACAGGGCAGCAAUCGAGAGUCAGUUGCUGAGUGACUUGCAAAGCCUCUUCUCACAGAACGCACAGUCAGGGUCUCUCGAGGAACUGAAGCAAGCCUUUGGUGCUUUGAACGCAGACCAGCUGCAAUCGUUUGAUGCCGAAUUGGUUUCACGCAUUGAGAGAAACGUGGCUCGUUCGAACGCUUUAUUUGAGUGGUCUGAUGGAAGUCUGAUCACUGCAAUGAAGACUGGCCAGUUUUUCCUGCUAGAUGAAAUCUCUCUGGCAGAUGAUUCUGUUUUGGAAAGAUUGAACAGUGUUCUCGAGCCUCAUCGUUCGAUAUUGCUUGCAGAAAAGGGCCCAAUCAACUCUAUGGUUAUCGCAGACGAAGGAUUUCAGUUUCUGUCUACAAUGAAUCCUGGUGGUGACUAUGGAAAGCGCGAACUCUCGGCUGCUCUUCGGAAUCGAAUGACCGAAAUCUGGGCACCCCAACUGUCCGAAGACGAGGACAUUCUGCCGAUUCUACAAAGAAAGCUGGACGUGGGCACAGAGAAAUUACCUAAGGGAAUGCUACAGUUCGCAAAAUGGUUCAAGGGAGUGUUCCAAAAUUCCUCUACUUCAUCCCUCUCUCUGCGUGACCUUCUUGCUUGGGUUGACUUUGUCAAUAAGUGCCAAAGCUCGGACAUUCUCUUUUCAGUUGUCCAAGGUGCAGCCAUGGUUUUUGUAGACACUUUGGGUGCGAACCCUGCAGCGAUGCUCGCAACAGCAUUGCAUAAUCUCGAUGGGAACCGUCAAUUGUGUCUUGACAAACUGCGUGAGCUUUUUGACGUUGAUGCAUCGGCGAUUUAUCGACAACGAUCAACCGUCGAUAUUGAAGGCUCAUCUCUGCGUGUUGGGCCUUUCUGCCUGCCAAUGAACAGCGACUCGAAGCCUGAUCCCGACUUCAUCAUGGAUGCACCUACUACGAUUGCCAACUCUGUGCGCAUCGCUAGAGGCUUACAGCUGCCCAAGCCCAUUCUGCUUGAGGGUAGUCCAGGUGUUGGAAAAACAACGCUCGUCACGGCGCUCGCGAGAGCCCUUGGGAAACCGCUUACACGUAUCAAUCUUUCAGAACAGACGGAUCUCACAGAUCUUUUCGGCUCUGAUGUCCCUGUCGAAGGUGGCGAUAUCGGACAAUUUGCCUGGCGAGACGCGCCAUUUCUACAGGCAAUGCAACGCGGUGACUGGGUCCUAUUGGAUGAGAUGAAUCUGGCUUCGCAGUCGGUCCUUGAGGGUCUUAAUGCUUGCUUGGAUCACCGUCAAAUGGUAUACGUCGCCGAGCUUGACCAAACUUUCAAGAGACAUCCCAAUUUUGUUCUUUUCGCUGCGCAAAACCCUCAUCACCAAGGUGGCGGUAGAAAGGGUCUUCCUGCCUCUUUUGUCAACAGAUUCACGGUGGUCUACGCCGACAGCUUCACAGAUACUGAUUUGAAGAGAAUCUGCGCCAAGCUUUUCCCCGGUAGCCCUGCUCACCAAACCGAGGGACUGGUUGAAUUUGUGUCCCUCCUCAACAAAGCCAUUCAGGAGCGCCGGUUAGGCGCUAUUGGCGGACCUUGGGAGGUUAAUUUGCGAGAUAUCCAAAGGUGGCUCCAGUUGGCAGACCGUGGCAGCUUACAGAUACCUACCCAGAGCUUCUUGGAAGUUAUCAUCUCUCAGCGAUUCAGGAGCGAGGAAGACAGGCAGCUGGUCUCCAAGUUGUACAAGAAGGUGUUUAGCGACGCUUCGACACAUGCCAAGAGCUACUACCACAAUCUGACAACGGAGUACAUACAAGUCGGACUCGGUAUCAUGCAGCGAGACUUGCUGUUGCAAGAGACAGCAAGCCCCCAAAUGAGGAUCCUUCCAGGAGAUCUUCCCGUCUUAGAGUCGCUCAUGCUGUGCAUAGAGCAGUCUUGGCCCAGUAUUCUGGUCGGCUCAUCUGGCUGCGGCAAGACCACUCUUAUCAGGAAGCUAGCUGCCCUGAAUGGCGCUAGUCUGGUCGAGCUAGCAUUGAGCGCUGAUACUGAUACUAUGGAUUUGGUUGGUGGAUUCGAGCAGAUCGACUACAGAAGGGAGAUCUCUUCUCUUGUGCAACAAAUCACGGUUUUCCUCCGACGCCAUGUCAUUUCUGCCUAUGCAGGCAGCGAUCUACUGGCGGUAGCUCCCGCUUUCUUGGAACUAUACGAGCAGUUACAAAGUCCAGAUGUUCAAUUAGAUGCUGUUUGCUCGUCACUGCAGAAUCUUUGUCAUUCAUGGCCCCAUGAUGCACUUGAGAAGCUUUUCAACCACGCCCAGCGUUUGCUGACAGUCACGAAGCAGUCUGAUAGCAUGAAGGUGGGAUUUGAGUGGACCGAGGGAGUGUUGACGCAAGCCGUUCAACAUGGCCAGUGGGUUGUUCUCGACAACGCCAAUCUCUGCAACCCAUCGGUCCUCGAUAGGCUGAAUUCCCUUACGGAACCCAACGGAGCCCUCAUCCUGAAUGAGCAACGUACGGAGGAUGGAAAUGCCCGCAUUGUCAGGCCUCAUCCUAAUUUCAGGCUUUUCCUCACGAUGGAUCCUCGCCAUGGUGAAUUGUCACGGGCGAUGCGGAAUCGAUGUGUUGAGAUAUGCUUCUUGUCCCAGGAUAACAACGAUAUCAUCACCACAUCAAUGCCUGCUUACACACAUCAAUCGUCCCUGUACCGCCUUCGUUCGGUCUGGGAAACAGAUCUGUCCUUACCUACCCAGGAAAAUACCGACAACCUCCAUGAAGUGUGCCUCGACCAUCUUUCAUUCUCAGACCUGUCGUAUCUUCAGCGGGCACUGAAGCUCACGCCGCAUUACGGCUCAGACGUCGCGAGAGAGCCCUUCUCUUUGGCCUUGGAUCGAUAUGUGUCUGCCAUACAUGAUAAUUCGUCAAGUAAACCUUUCGAAAGCACCAAGAAGGAAGUCAUGCUCGGUCGUGCUUCUUUUGCCAUCCAAGGAAGGUUACAACCUCUUCACCCUCUUGUUAACGAACCUCUGGCUUCCAUACUGCACCAGGAUGUGCCUUUGGUGUGGCUCAUGAUUUUGGCCUAUCUGCAAGAAUACAAGCUUGAUCUACAUCGCCUUAGACAGAGCUUGCUGCAAGCCGACGAAAUGGGGAAACAGCUUAAGCCAAGUCAAAUGAGUCGCCUCCAAAGAUCACUAGCUUCGGGAAGAAUACCGUCUUUGAUGAAAGAUUCGACGCAGCCGGUUGGCCCGUUCCUAUCUGACUGCGGUCAAGCCAUGUACGAUUUCAUUCAGGGACUUGACUAUGAUGUUCUUCAGGCCCCCGAAAUGGUGCGGGCUCUCCGAGCUAUCAUCGACUUCAUCAAAGAUGUACUCACAAUGACUGCUGCCCAUGACCUGGAUCAGGGUGAAUUCCAAAUCUAUCUGCAGAUUGGCAAGGAAUUGUGUGCUUCGCUGGUGGACAUGUGGGCGCCGUUGAAGCAGCUCGCUUUCGCGUUCUCCCAAGCCCUUGAUCGAUUCCAAGAACAUUGGGCGUUAACCACAGGCCUAAGCAUGCAGCGGCUUUGGGAGUCAUGGAGACCAGCGACACCCUCGACGCAAAGCCAGCUGACGUCCUUGCUCGAAUUGGAGAGCGUUGCCUCUGAAUUCACCCAAGUUGCGACAAAAACUCACCUGGACUUGGCUCAAUUGAGCCAGGUGCGCAACUCUCUCAUUGCCGGCCAAGAAGCUAUCCUCCGAAACGGUGCUGACGAAGGAUAUCCCACACAAGUCCUCCGGCAAACGGUCGCCGAAUUGGCGGCUUGCGUUCAAGACGCCGAUCCAACACUGCGCCCCUAUUUCUCGACUAGCUUUGAGACUUUGUGCCAGUACAACGAUAUCGCUUCGCUAUGCAAGAGUCAAGUUGGUGAUGACCAGGUUGUGCGAGCUAUCCUGCCUUUACUUGCCAGCCGUGCUGCCCGGCCCUUGGAUGGGUCGAGUCUACAGAGUCCCAUUCCUAAUCUCCUUCACAAGCUUUCCUUAUUCUCAGGAUCCGAAAAUCCCUCUGUGUUCGGAUCGGCCGUUAGCGGCACAAUCUCGCUGUCGCUUCUGGAGAGAUUGGCUUUCGUUGGCUCUACGAGCUUGGGCCAAAUGAACGCAUUGGAGGUAGAGAAGAAGACUCUUUCUCAGGCAUUGACUCUGACCACCCGAGAGAUUGGUUUGGACCAGUUCAAGGUUCUACGCCAGGUCCUGGCAAGGCUCACACUGGAGCUUGUCAUUGUGCACAGAGAGUUCUUUGAGCCUCAGUCUUUGGAGGCGUUGGCUAGCAUUCUUCGCGCAGUUGAAGAGACCGGUCUAUAUGCUGGCCCGGCAGUGCAAGAAUUUCGUGCGGCAGCGAACUUGCCUAAAGAGCAUUAUUUCAGGAAAAUUGUAAGAGAGGAUCUUCCUAGGCUGGUUGCCUCGCUCGCAGCCGAUGCACAAAAUGUCGAAGCUCCGGUAGAGAACACUGGAGCCGCAAUUGUUCAACUAGCUGUGAUCUUCCUGCGCCUCUUUGUGCCUGACAAGCCUUUUGAUCCCUCAUUGGGCUUGGUCGUGCAGAGGAAACGACACGCGCAACGCUCGUCGGAGCUUACGGCAAAGGCUGAAGCUAUUACUUCUUUCGAGGUUGGCUUUUCUGGCCAGACUUCCAACAUCCGGGUUGAACUUUUGCAGAAGGAAUUGCACGAACUUGGUUCGGCGCCGCCUCCGUCUUCUGUCAGCAGACCUCCCAUUUCUGAGAUCAAUCUUCUCCAUGGGGAAUUCUCAAGUCUGGUGAAGUCAGUGCUUGAGAGGCACCCUGAGCAGAUUGUUUCUGCGACCAGUGAAGAUAAGGGUGAAAAGCAGAGGAUGCUUGGUCUGCUGCGUGAUAAUGUUCGCCAGCUCAGCCACCGCCUCAGUACUAACUACCGCUCCUACGAUGACAUUACGACACCUGUUGUCCGGUUCCUCCAGAUUUUGGACAUGGGUCUUUACCUUUCUUCAACUCCAUCCUGCGAAUCAAGUGACAUUCAGAUACUGAAGGCUGUUAAGGAAACUACACCAUUCCUCGGAGGAUUGAUCCAUCCGAUUUCAGAGCUAAGAUCGGAAGCUAGCUCGACUGUCAACACAGAUCUGUGGUUCCAUGAACUGUCCUCGUUGAGAUUAGCUGAGAAUGCGGAUCCGGGAGUUAUCCGGACCCAAGCUGGGCGUGAUACUCUGCGCCGCCUUUUCGAGCAAUUCCACGCUCUUUGGAAAACCAAGCUGCGCGAAGACCAAGAAGAUGAGGCAAGGAAGUCCGAGUUCUACCACUACAAGGGCUCUUGGGAAGAUAGUGAGGAGGUCGACGAAAAUGAACUACGCCAGCUGUUCCCCACGUAUGAUCAGGAAGCAGAGGAGGAAGAAAGCAAAGGCCCGGGUCGCUACGAUCCGAAGGCUAUCUCGAUAAGGCUUGCGUCAUUGCAUGCGAAAUUGUUCCAGUCGGAAGAUCGCGAGGAAGCCUUGUCAACGUACGUCAAGCAAGCUUCCCUGUUACUGGGAUCCAAGUGGUCAGAGGACACUCUCACCGUACCGAAUGUAGAUCCUAAGGAUCAGCUCUCCGGUGUCCUCUUGCUUCUGGAAGACUCUAUCAAUAUAGGCCAGAAUCAGCCGGCAGCCAAAUACAACUUCUACGUGGAUGCGAACAUAGCCGAAGCAAAGAAGCUGGUGACAUUGACCUUGUCAACGAAGGCUCGGUUCACUCAGAUUCAGAAGGCCUGGCCCGACCAUGCGGUGUUGGAGGACGUCAUUCUGUGUUGCAGAGAGAUUCUCCAAUUCAAGCACACCGAGCCUGUCGCAAAGUUCAUUACCAAGGUCGAGAAGCUCCAUGCUCUUGUUCAUGAAUGGCAGCUGGUGGCGAGCAGAGAAUAUUCGGCAGCUUCUGUGUAUGAAGAGAUCACUGCAUUGAUCAUCGGCUGGCGACGACUUGAGCUAUCAACGUGGGCGAAGCUUCUGGACAUCGAGAACGAAAAAUGCACCCAGGAUGUGAGCUCAUGGUGGUUUAUCGCCUAUGAGGCUAUCAUUCGGGCUCCCAUGCAAAUUGCAGAGUCCGGCCAAAUGGAGAUGAACGAACACGUGCAAGAGGUUACAGCUACAUUGGAGCAAUUCUUCCACUCCACAACCUUGGGACAGUACACUGAGCGCCUUCGACUUGUCAAGAAUUUCCAGUCCUUGCUCUUGCUCUAUGUCCAGGAUAUGCCAGCCUUGAACCAGCUGAUUUCUGCUUUGGACAACUUCCUGGUUCGCUACAAGCAAUUCGAACCUAUUGUGCACAAGCAGCUAGUGGAGAAGCGAACCGCUCUUGAGAAGGAUAUCAAGGAACAGAUCCAACUGGCUAGCUGGAAAGAUACCAAUAUUGUCGCGCUCAAAGAAAGUGCCCGCCGGUCACACACCAAGUUGUUCAAGCUGGUCCGCAAGUACCGGGAAGCCCUGGGACAACCAGCGCAACCGAUUCUGGAACAGGACAUGCCGGAUAACAACGAGGACAACGGUCCUUCCCAAAACGAUGUUGUCAUAGCCUCAAGCGUGUUCCCUGAAGCACUCGCAAUGUGCCAGAAGGAAGGAGUCUGGACCGAUAGACCCCCGCGAUUCAAGAACCCCGAUGCCACUGCUAGCAGCAUGAUGCAACUUUAUACCUCGAUUCCCGCCGAGUUUGACGUUGCAGAAGAACUUGACGGCUUUGUCAAGUAUGUCAUCGAGAGUAUACAGGAGUUCAAGUCGCGGACGCCGAAGACUCUCACCGAAGAGAAUACGGAUGAUGUACAGCACCUCAAGGUCCAGAAGCGCCGCUUUUACGCGGAUACCUUGCGACGACUUAUGGAUAUGGGCGUGAAGCGUAGCGCGAGUACCAGCUUGAUUGAAACUCAAGCAUCUAUUGCACAGAUCCUUGCCUCCAGCCCAGCCAUGGAAGCCGACUCUGUGCUAUCGCAGCUGGCCAAGAGUUCCGACUUGUACUACCAUAGGUUCUUGGACUUGCUUCCUCGCGUUCGUCUGGCAGCACACAACUAUGCGGAAGAUCUCAGCAAUGUCGAAGUAUCCAGAAGCUCGGGCUCUAUUGAACACUUGUUGUUCCUCGCCCGAAAGCAGAGAGCCUCAAUCUCACCAGCGCUUACUGCUCUGACAGAGCUGCAGUCGACACUCCUGAAGGUUUCGAAUCUCUGGAAUUCUGGCUGCUCUUCUAUUUCCAAGGAUCACCCACAAUUCCCGAUUGAGAAAGUCGAGGUAACGAGGGCAGUGGCAUGGCUGACACCUGUACUCGGACUGGCUGCCACUGUUAUUGGUCUGCACGCAAAGUUCUCUGGAAUCGGUUCGAGAAGUAUCCUGGACGGCCUGCAGACCUGGAAGGGCACAUUUGAUCGCCUGAAGACCUCUUUAGACAAUCUUCCUCAGCUACCACACGGUGUCUCCUCGCAGCUGUACAGGGAUACCGUCCAGCAGGCUUCUUCAUCCCUUGAGCAAUUAAACAGCAACCUCACAAAAUGGGCUGAAGAGCGUCCUGAUCUGUCUUUUGUGCUUGGCCAGAUAGUCCCUUGGGUAAAGGUCAACGUGAUCUCGCCAGACUGUGACCUUGAUGAGACCACCGUAUCCCUCGACAAGUUUGAUGCGGGUCUCGUUGCUGCAGUUGAUAAGAUCCUUGUCAGCCUCCAGAAAUUGAAGGAGAUCCCAUCCUCGCUUGCCAACCCUGGUUCCUUGGCGCGGAGUGACGAGUUCUUCAUCAAAUCCUUGAAGGCCCUUCAUAUCUCUGGCAUCAAAUCCUCUCUUGAAUCUAUCCUUGAUCAAUUGCAGCACAUCCAGGCUGGCUCAGGGCCUGGCAUUCCAUUUGCGGUCGCACUUGUGGCGAGCUUGCUACCUGUCAUGCACAAGUACUUCCAUAUCAGCAAAGACGUUGUGGAUCGUUACUUGGUUGUACACCGGGAGACGUGUAAGAUGUCCUACAUUCUCACCAAGUGCUUCGCCCAGAUCGCUUCCGAAGGCUUUUGCAGUCCCGCAGAAGCAUCUACGGAGGAGAGCAAAUCCGGCAAGCUCGAGAGCGGCACUGGCUUGGGAGAAGGUGAGGGUGCUGAAGAUAUCAGCAAAGAUGUUGGAGAUGACGAGGACCUGUCGGAGCUUGCCCAGGAGCAAAAGGGUGAGUCUACCGAGGACCUUGAAAACUCAGAAGACGCAGUGAACAUGGACAAUGAGGAAAUGCAGGGCGAAGAAGGCGAGCGGAAAGAAGGCGACGAGGAAGACAAGGACAGCGGCGAUGAGGAAGAAGAGGGCGACAUUGACGAGGAAGUAGGCAGUGUCGAUGACCUAGACGCUACGGCAGUUGAUGAAAAGAUGUGGGAUGGUGAGCACGACGACAAGCAGAAGGAGACCGAGACCAAUGAAGGCAAGGGUCAGGCUGAGUCUGACGAACAGACGGCGGCGCAGGAGAAGGAGAAAGAAAAGGAGAAGGCCCAAGAAGGCGAGCAGGGUGAGGUGGACGACAAUGAGGAGGAAGAAGAAGAUGAGGAAGGCGAAGAUAAGCCUGACGAAGAAGGUGAGGCCGUUGGACGUGAGGAUAUGGAUGUGACCGAUCCUCAGGCGAAGGAAGAAGAAGCCCUGGACCUUCCAGACGAGAUGCAACUCGACGGCGAAGAAAAGGGCGAAGAAGAGAAUGAGAGUGACGAUGGCCUUGACGGCAUGGAUGAUGAUCUCCCCCCUCUCGAGGAAAACAAUGAGCAGCAAAUGGACGGAAAGGAUGUUGGCGAGGAUGAGGCCAUGGAGGAAGGUGCCGAGGAACAAGAGCCCGAGCAGACAGAGGAGGGCAUGCCGGACGAAGAGGCAGCCGAGACCAAUGAAGGCGAGGGCAAUGACGAGGCGGACGAAGCCGGCGAGGAGGCUGAAGAGGAGAAAGAGGACUUCCUGGCCCAGCGUGACGAGAACGAGAUGGCUGGAGAAGAAGUGGCCCCCAGCGAAGCAGUCAAUGGUGGCCUUGGGGCUGAUCAAGACCAAAACCAAGAGAAGGGCUCUUCUGGUAACGCACAGCAGGAGAACGGCUCAACUGAUCCUUCCGACCAGAAGGAGCAGCAAACCGGUGCAGCCCAAGAGGGUGACGAAAAUCAAAGGCAUCAGGAAGAGGGUGGUGCGAAUGAUGCAAACCCAGACGACCCUCAACUGCAGGCCUUCAAGAAGCUGGGUGACGUUCUCGAACAAUGGCACCGCCGCCAGAAGGAGAUCAUGGAGUCCUCCAAACAAGAGGAGGGCGAGACCGAGGAGCCCAUGCCCCAGGAUGCAGACAUGGCCGACGCUGAUUUUGAACAUCUUCGCGAUCAAGACGACGUGGCAGAUACCCAAGCACUGGGUCAAGCCAGUGAAGAGCAGGCCAAGGCUCUGGACCAGAACAAGGGAGUCGAGUCGGACACCAAACCCGAAGGCAACGACGCGCUGCCGGACGUCACAGACGACGACCAACAGCAACUUCCAGACAACAAGCUAGAGGACGAGAUGCAGCUGGAUCAGGGUCUUCCCUCCGAGUCACAGAUGGCCGGUGCCAUGAUUCCUGGCAACACCCACACCCAGGAACGGACCACCGACACCGCCGGCCAGCAAGAAAUAAACGAGGAGCUAGAUGAAGUUGACGCCCAUCUCGCUGCGAUCCAUCUCUCUUCCAAUCUCCCUCCCCUGACUCCCAGGGACGAGGCCCAACGUCUCUGGUCAUACUACGAAUCAGCCACUACCGACCUCUCCCUCUCCCUGACCGAACAACUCCGCCUUAUCCUCGCCCCUACACUGGCCACCAAACUACGCGGCGACUUCCGUACCGGAAAGCGUCUCAACAUCAAGCGAAUCAUCCCCUACAUCGCCUCCCAAUACAAGCGCGACAAGAUCUGGAUGCGCCGCUCCAUCCCCUCCAAGCGCAACUACCAAAUCAUGCUUGCCGUCGACGACAGCAAAUCCAUGCUCGAAAGCGGCAGCGGUCAACUCGCCUUCGAAACCCUCGCCCUAGUAGCCAAGAGUCUCAGCAUGCUCGAAGCUGGCGACCUCUGCGUCCUCGGCUUCGGCAACGAAGACCACGUCCGCGUCGCCCACGAGUUCGGCAAGCCGUUCUCCUCCGAAGCCGGCACCCAAGUCUUCCAGCACUUCAGCUACCAGCAGACUGGCACGAACGUGCGCAAGCUUAUCGCCGACUCCAUCGCCCUCUUCCGCGAGGCCCGCUGGAAGCAGUCCCCUGGUAGUGGAAACGCGGACCUCUGGCAGCUAGAGCUGAUUAUCUCUGAUGGUAUCUGUGAAGAUCACGAGACUAUUCAGCGUUUGGUGCGCCAGGCGCAGGAGGAGCGCAUUAUGAUUGUGUUCAUCAUUGUUGAUGCUGUCAAGGGUAGCUCGAUCUUGGAUCUGAGUCAGGCUAGCUUUGAGGAUGAUGGCAGUGGAGAGAUGAAGUUGAGGAUGAAGAGAUACUUGGAGAAUUUCCCGUUCCCUUAUUACCUCGUUGUCCGGGAUGUGAGGGAGUUACCGGCUGUUUUGGCUACGGCGUUGAAGCAAUGGUUUGCUGAGGUGGUGGAUGUGUCAUCUUGA